CUUUUUACCGCAACAGCACUAACCUCUUAGGACCACUCGAGGAUGCGCAGGGCACGCAAGAGGGACGUGAACGCUGAUCAGGGCUUCUUGUGUGGAGCCUUUCCCCCAGCCAGGGGACCUUAAGAUAGCGAUGUUCGUUUUUAGGCCUGGCUGACGAAAUGGCGUGUAGGGGCUUUGGAGGUCCUGGCUUUGCUCUUCCACCGUUUCUCUUUGCUCUGUCUACAACUACGGAGUCUGCAACCUUCUCUACGACACGAUUCCCGGACGCUGGAUAGUCUGGAGUAGCAGCGAGGACAGGUGUUGAACCGGGCCAGGAAGAAGCGGAUAUUCAAGACCCGGCAAUCCGACAGCCUCAGACCCAAUUAUUACCUAUCCGAGAUCAAAACCACAGGGUCCUCUACCUCGUAUCCCAUAUACACAUCUGCAUUUCCAUUUUCGCCGAAAGGAGGAAGCAAGAUGGAGCGUCCUCGAUCGUCUCCUCGUCCGGUGUCAUCCGCAAGCUCUCAAUCCAGCUUCGAAUCGAGAUACAAAAGUCCUCUGAGCACCAGCUCUUCAGUCGACUACGAAUCCAGUCGGACGAGCGAGGACUCUUCAUUGUUCGAUGCCGACGCCGGAAGUGUGUCCUUCGUGUCGCCGACAUCGACCCCUCAUACUCUAUAUAAAGACGGAAAGCGUUCAUUCACGGAGCCUAUCGUUCCUGUGCGCAGGCAUGGGGCAGGUGGUAUAGAAAGGAGCACGUUGAUCACACCACAGAGAUUAUCUAGGGCUCCAUCAAGUCCAGUCACCCGAGACUUCGGGAUGAUGCUUCAAAUACCAAGGGCACCCGGAGAGAGCUUCAAAAGGUUGCCGGAAGAGAUAUUGCUGGUUAUACUGGGAGAGUUGAAGAAGUCGCACUUGGCAGUGGGCAGUACGAGCUGUGCCACUUGCUGGAUGAGGGAUUUAGCCAACUUGGGUCUGUCCUCGCGGAAAUGGUGGUGUGCUGCGAGGUGUAUGCUGUACGAGGAUAUUCAACUAAACGGUGUUGAUUCGGUCCACCACACCAGGAAGUUUAAGAUAAAGUACGGGGUUAGGCUCAAGCUUCUCAGGCGGACUUUACGCGCUCGGCCAGAGCUUGCGGAAUACGUCAAAUCAUUGAAAGUGCCAUCAAUGCCGGAUGGAGCCAAAGGAAAGAAGGAGCAGGAAGAGUAUCUCGAUCUGGUUGCCUCUGUGAUAAUGGCAUGCCCAAAUCUGGAACGUCUGCCAGGCUUCUAUCCAGCAUACAACCACACGUUCUCCCGUCUUGUCCAUGCUUUAUCAACAAGACAAAAACUAAAGGAGGCGGUGUGGGUAAUAAGCUCAAGUCCUUCUCAACGUCAGCAUCGAUACACAUCCACGGACGAUGCCCAAUAUUUUCCUUCUAUCAUGGCACCAGCUCGUCUUCUUCCAGAGCAGUGCGUCGACUUCCUGACCUACCAUUCAAAUUGGACACACCUUAAAACCCUCUUCCUCCACUGUAAUCCAGGUGGGAACAUCGACUCCCUACUGUUUGCCGACGUAUGCAAUCUUCUUCCAUCACUUGAGAAUUUACAUGUUUCCUCUUUUCCAACUCCAGCUUUUAACGACUCAACCCUAACCUCCCUUCCGCCUCUCAAGUCACUGCGACUUGAAAAUCUUUCUGGCAUCACCGCUAAUGGACUGUCGGCUUAUGCAUGUUCGCCUGGUAGUAAUACCUUGACAUCACUCUCAUUGAUAUCUCUUCCAGAUGUCUCACUUCCCGUGCUCGCACGAUUGUUCUCAUAUCUCAAAAGCAUGACACGUUUCACUCUUUCACAAGCUUCAUCACCUGGUCUGCCGGUUGGUACCGACAUCUACCUGCAUCCAUAUCUCGCAUCCCCAAGUCUCGAAUACCUACAUUGGGAGAUUACAAAUCCAAGCGAUGAGGAAGCCACGGAUAUUCUCGCGAAGUCGAUCCUGUAUUCCGGGUUUCCAUCCCUACGAACCAUCCGUGCACCCACAGAUUCCGAGGGGACAUUACAGAAGCUCUGCAAACCAAGAGAGAAGAUCGAGCUUCCUGGCGAUCGACAUCGUGACAAAGGCGGCAGCAGCGCGGCGCCUAGCCACGUCUUGUCAAGUUCCAGCCUACCUUCCCCUACCUGGUCAACGUUCUCUCUCGGCCACAACUACUCCGGCUCCAGCUUCCUCAAAUCCCCGACCCGCUCCACCUUCUCCCUGAAAAUGGACUCACCAAUAUGCAACGACCGUUCCGCCGAACCAGGGACCAGUCUCCUGGCCGCGCGCCGCACCGCCCAGCAGCGCAUCGACGCCGCGCAGACAACACCCCAGUUCCACAUCAUCAUCUGGAACGAGUGGGGGCUGCUCGUGGAGCGCCAGACAGCCGGCGGCUUCAUAGGCAUGGUCCAGAGCCGCAUCACCUACAGCCUGAAGCCGGAUAUCGAUGGCGCGGACCAGGCGCUGGUGACGGUGGAUGGCCCGGGUGGGUUGCUGGACGGCGCGGCGGAGACACACUCCCGUGAUGGAUGCACGGGAGGCUGGAACCGUGGCCGGUCGGGCAAGAGCGGGAGUUCGAAGGAGAAGUGGUCCCAUACGGAGCGUGGAAGGUGGAGGGAGAUUGCGCUGGAGAAAUUCUUUUAGUGGGCAAGGAGGGGGGAGAAUCCGUGUAUAUAUAAAAUACUUUUUCGUGAUGUAGUUGGAUAUCUGGAUGUAUUAUAGCACUUUUAGUACUCAAACGAGGGAUAUGGCGAUAGGCUUGCAAAUGCUAAAUGUGAACUGUCGUCCUGCUGCUGAAUUU